AUGGCCAAGUUAUCAUGUUAUUAUUUGCUUGUGCUCAUAAUUGUGUUCUCAGUUGUUAAAGCUGAGGGAAAGCUAUGUGAAAUAACCCUUAUACGAGGAAUAGACUGUAUAAGGUUAUCUUGCGCUAAAGAAUGCGCCGAGCGAUACAAAGGCGGCCUUGGAUAUUGUUCUGACGAUCCUAAAGUUCCUGGACCUCUUAAUUGUGAUUGUGUAUAUCCUUGUUAA